UAUGUUUUUCUCUGACUCCCCAAAUCUUUCCAGCCAGCUCCUUGUCGUCUCCCGUAACCCCUCCUACAGUAUCUGUAAAUACAGUGUCCCGACGCACAGGGAGCAAAGAGGCCUGCGGUCAGAAGAGAAUCAAAGCUGAAGGAGCAGCAGCAGCACAGCAGCAACAACAAACAAAGAUGAGGCUGAAGGGCGUGGCUGUAGCCUUGGCCCUGAUAGUCUAUGCUGCAACUGUUCAAGGCUUCCCCAUGUUCAAAAGGGGACGUUGUCUUUGCCCAGACAAACUAUUAAAAGCAGUGAAACUGGGAAAUAUUGAGAAAGCCUCCAUAAUUUACCCAGAUAACAACUGUGACAAAAUGGAAGUGAUUAUCACUCUGAAAGCACAUAAAGGGCAACGAUGCUUAAAUCCCAAAUCCAAGCAGGCCAGCCUUAUCAUCAAGGAAAUUAAAAGAAAGAAUUUUUUAAAAUAUAAAAAUGUAUAAAGUCCUGGAAAAGAAGAUUUAAAAACCUAGAACAAGUAUAACUGUGCCUACUGAAAUAAGACUCCUGCCAUCAGAAACACUUUCUCCUGCCUGCUGCAACACACAUUCAUCCAUUUCUAGGUUAGAGAAUCUUCACAAAGAUCCGAUGCUUAUAACGGUUUUGCUGUGAUUAUGAAGACAUUUUUGUCUGUAGGAGUCAUCUGUCUGCAAAUACACAUUUCUUUAAUCAAGUACUUAAUAUCUAGAAAAAAGUUCUUAUGCAUUAUUUUGUUUUAUAAAAAGAGUGUAAUUCAUGAAAUAUACUAUGAAAAAACUAUAUGGGAAACUGCAAGUAUUUCAUAAUUAAUAAUACUGGUCUUUUUUCAACUUUUUUUUGCUAAGAUGCUUUGAAGCAAUUAAGCUCUGUAUGUCUGCUGUAUAUUUUGGUUUGAUCUAUGUGUAUAUGAUAGCAAUAUACUGGGUACAUUUUAAAUAUAAAAUGUUUUUGCCACCAUAGAAAAUGUUG